AUGAAGGAUCCUGAUGACGAUUUCAGUUUAUGGAACACGAGCAUUAGUGAUUACUGUUCUUGGAGAGGUGUCAAAUGCGAUGCUAAAUCCGGUGAGGUGAUAUCUCUUGUUCUUGAUUUCAUCUUGCUCAAUAGGCCUUUGAAAUCAAACAGUAGCCUUUUUAAAUUGCAACAUCUUAGUCACCUAAGCCUUUCCGCUUGCGAUCUGAGAGGAGAAAUUAUUUCUUCACUAGGAAACCUGCCUCACCUCACAUAUUUAGAUCUUUCUAAUAAUCACUUGGUAGGUGAAAUUCCUUCUUCACUAGGAAACCUGUCUCACCUCACAUAUUUAGAUCUUUCUAAUAAUCAUUUGAUAGGUGAAGUUCCGUCUUCAAUCGGCAGCCUGAACCAGUUAACAUUCCUGAGCUUUUCCUCAAACAACUUGAGUGGUAACAUUCCUAUUUCAUUUGCCAAUUUCAACAAGUUGUCCAAUUUACUCCUCUAUCAAAACAAAUUCAGCUAUAUAGAUUUCCCUCUCUCACUCUCUGAUCUUGAUCUCUCUUACAAUAAGUUGGAAGGUCAAGUACCGAGUUUCUUAUGGAGAUUAUAUUCGUUGAAGCUUUCGCAUAACUCUUUCACCAAUCUCGAGAAAUCAGACCAAGUUGUCUUCGAUGAGAGUCACAUUGCCACUCACUUUGAUCUUAUUGGAACUCAACCUCUUGCUGAAUUUAUCAGGACAUAA